GUCAACGGCUGCAUUACAAGUUCAUUCGGCAUUGACCGCCGUAGAAACUUGCCCCUUCAGGGUAUAUUAAAAAGAGGGGGAAAUAGCAUGGUUAAGUUUCUCACUAGAUGUGACCCCCUCCGUCAGUGUAGGGGGUCAUAAUGAUCACAUAACUUUCUCCGCGGUCAAUGCGAAGACCCCUACGAGUAUAUAUAAUGAACUACUAGUCCACACCCCACUUUCUUCCACUUCCCUCUCAGAAGCCAUACCGCAAAUUGCUGCUCCAGAUUCAGGGCUGCUGCGAGGUAGUAAGUCGUAAAGAAUCACACUUCAAACGAUGCGGCCUUCCUUCCAGCCUACCAGCCUCCUGCUGGCCUUGACGGCCAUGGACCUCGCUUCCGCAGAGAGGGUCCUGGGCGCAUACAUCUUCGCCCGCCAUGGAGACCGCACGCCCAAAGUGCUAGGAAACACCCGGCUCACCGACCUCGGAUACAGCGAGGUCUACCAAGCCGGCAGCUACUACCACGACCGGUACAUCGACGCAAGCUCCUCGCUGCAGAUCGAUGGCAUCAGCUCCAACAUCGUGAACCUAAAGCAACUCACCGCGUCCUCGCCCUCGGACGCAGUCCUCCAGAACUCCGGCGUAGCCUUCAUGCAAGGCGUCUACCCGCCGGUAGGGUCCUCGGCCAACGAGACCCUGGCCAACGGCACGACCGUCUCAGCCCCGUUGGGCGGCUACCAGCUCAUCCCCCUCAGCCUGGUCUCCACGGGCACAAACAGUGAGGACAACACCUGGCUGCAGGACGCAACGGGCUGCAACAACGCCAAGGUCAGUAGCAACAGCUACUACAGCUCAACCUUAUACAACGACCUCUACGACUCCACCGAGGACUUCUACCAGUCACUCUCGUCCAUGCUAGACGGCGCCUUCGCAAAGGACAAAAUGAGCUUCAAAAACGCCUACACCAUCUACGACUACCUCAACGUCGCCAACAUCCACAACACGACCAACACACCCACAACAGAACAGCUGGAGCAACUCUUCCUCCUCGCCAACAUCGAGCAAUACAACCUCGCCUACAACACCUCCGACACCGUCCGUGCCAUCGCAGGCUCCCAGCUCGCCGGCGAAAUGCUCCAGGGCCUCAACAAGACCAUCACCUCCAAGGGUGCCAACAAACUCAACAUCCAGUUCGGUUCCUACGGAACCUUCCUCUCCUACUUCGGGCUUGCUCAGCUUCCCGCCGCUGAUGUCAAUUUCACCGGAAUCCCUGACUAUGCGUCGUCUAUGUCUUGGGAGCUGAUCACCGAUUCCACUGCAGAUGGAUUCCCCGAUGCUUCGGAGAUUAAUGUGCGCUUUAUCUUCCACAACGGCACCAUUACUGGGUCCAACGACGCCCCGAAGGAAUUCCCUCUGUACGGUCAGUCGAGUGCCACGAUCCCAUGGUCGAAGUUCGUCGAGGAGACGAAGAAGAUUGCCGUCACCGAUACAGAGGAGUGGUGUAAGGUUUGUGGAAACACGGACGGUAAGUGUGCGUCGUAUAAUUCUGAUGGCUCGGGAUCCGAUUCCGCGGGUGCCACGUCGAAGAGUGGUGGUGAUGGUGUGUCUAGACCUGUGGCGGGUGUUAUUGGUGCCAUGGUCACUCUGGCUGUUAUCUUUGGUUUGGAGGCGCUGUUCCUGCUUGCGGGUGGUUUUACUAUCACUAAGAAGCGGAGGGCUGGGGCUGACGGGGUUACCUCUGUUGUUGCGGAGAACAAGGCCUAGAGUGAAUGUUGUGGUGACGUCUAAAAAUGGUUAAUGAAUUUUGGAAGGGGGGAAAUAGGUUUGAGGUUUUGUGAUGUGAUGGAUGACUUGUGGUCUUUAUGUUAUAAUGCUGUCUGAUGUUGCCGGUAACUGAUUAAGAUGCAUAAUAUGAGAAAUGAAAGUAAUGCGCUCAAACAAACAAGAAUCCAACAAGUAUUAAGCUCUUCA